AUGCAAUUGAUGUUGUAUGCCAUACCCGACGAAAUUGCGUGCAAAGCUUUCCCAACUACAAUCUCCGGAAACGCUAGAGAGUGGUUCCGAAGCCUGGCAACCAUUUCUAUGGGUACCUUCGAAGAUUUGGCUCGAAUAUUCCUCACUCACUUCCUGGGUUCCAGAGAAAGAAAAAAGCCUUUUGGGUAUCUCCUGACACUCCACCAUCGAGAGGGGGAGAGUUUCACAAAGUUUAUGAUUCGGUUCAACACCAAUAAAUUGAAGGGAGAGGAUCCCACCGAUGGUGUAAUCUUCUCCGCCAUCUACAAUGGUAUCUCAACCAAGGAGCCAGUAGCAAGGAAAAUUGCGAGAAGACAACUGAACAACCUCCAAGAGCUGUUAGAUAAGGUGGAGGAAUUUAUUAACGAGGAAGAAACCUUAAGAGCAACGAGGUCAGCUCGGAAGACUCCCAAGAAAUUGGAAGAGAAGAAGAUGAGGGAUCAUUCGGGGCUCGACACUCCGAAACCCUUCAAGAAGAAGUUCAACAAUUACAAUUUCACCCUGCUCAACGCCAACAUUUCCGAGGUCUUGAUGGAAAUCAAAAAAGAUUCAAGAUAUCGAAGACCUCCCAGGGCUCCACAAAAUCAAAACUCAGAUCACUAUUAUGAGUUCCACGAGGUCAAUGGGCAUUACACAAAAGGCUGCAUUGCUUUGCGGCAUCUCACUGAAAAUUUUAUCAAAAAUGGUAAACUCGUUCGAUUCUUGGGAGAGCAAAGAAGAGUAGCCCCUUCUCGACAAAACUACAUCCGAGAAGUAAAUUACCACCCCUCCCGAGAUCAAUGGCGGCUAGAGCAUUAUCGAAGCAGAAGUUUCGACUGCAGAAAUCAAAAUGGGUAUCCUUGGGAGGAGAGAGCAAGACAGGAAGAGCCUAGAAGAAGGCCUGCCUGCCUGACCCAUGCCCUGGUUGUCACCCUAACAGUGGCAAACCAUAAUGUCCAUCGCAUCUUGGUGGAUAAUGGGAGCUCGGCAAACAUCUUAUAUUGGUCUGCAUUUAGGAAGCUGAAUCUGGGGCAGGAGAAAAUUAUCCCAACCAGCUGUCCCUUAAUGGGAUUCACAGGGGAACAAGUGCAACUAGUCAGAUCAAUUGAACUACUGAUCACGGCUGGAUCAUACCCAAGGCAGGUGAAGGUCAUGAUAUAUUUUCUAUUGGUCAACCAACCAUCAGCAUAUAAUGGUAUCAUCGAGAGAAUGGCUCUCAAUGAACUAAGGGCCAUCACAUCAACUCUACAUCUCAAGAUGAAGUUCUCGACGGAUCAUAGAGUUAGAGAAGUAAGGGGCGAUCAGCGAGCUGCCCGACAAUGUUACAACAUCUCUAUGAAAGAGUGUCCUAAGACCUUGGCCCAUGGGAGCAAAUGUAAGAAGGAUAGAUAG